AUGGAGAUAUGCUACAGCAGUAGCCCUAGUUGCUUUGAGCUCGCUCUCGAUUAUCUGGGCUGGAUCGAGAAGACAUUCCAACAUAAGUUCAGUGUUGAUAUCGAUGAGGCAUUCCAACAUAAGUUCAAUUUUAAUAUCGAACAGCUGGAGAUCCGAGUGAGACUAUUACAAAGCUUUAAUCUGUAUCUGACAAAGUGUAGGAGGAGGAGGAGGAACCAUGAAACCUGUUUGGAGCAAGAUGAGGAGGAGAGGGAUGCUACUUCUUUCAGAAUUCAAAAUCUGAUUAUCAGAAUAAUGCCAGAUCUUGAAUUUGCUUGCAGCGAAUGUUUGAUUCAUUCUUGUUCAACUGAUUCGACUCAGAUCGGAAGUGAGCUCACCAGAUUCCGGGAAGCAAUCAAGUUGUUUUUCGAGACACAUAUCAAGGAAUCGUACAUCAACUUUCUGUUGGAGUAUUACUGGCUGAGAGAUCCAGAACUAGUUAUUGAUUUCAUUGAUUCGGUUUCAAAGACUCUGGCGAAAAUGAAUGGAUUCCAUUUUGAACGCCUUGGAAAGAAGCUAAUGUUAUUGAAAAGUUUCAUUCGGUUUGCCAUGCUUCGCUGUGUCAAGGGCCAGCAACUGAUAGAUCUCUUGAUUCACGCUGAAGUGAUGGCUAUGAAUGCAUUACGCCUGGCUUCUAUACAGUGCUUUCACACAGAUAAUGAAGUAUGGAAUGAAACAAAACUUCAAAUGUCUCGACUAAUAUGUGAGAAGAUUAAUCCCGGUGAUCCCCAGGUCGGAGAAACUUACAUCCAUGUCUUGACUGCUGCAAAGCUAUCAAGAUCAUCGGACAUUUCAGAUCUGGAGAAGAACAAGCAUCUAGUGGCUGACUUUAUGGAUCGUCUCGUUCACAAUAUUAAGGAGCUGCUGAAAUCUUGUACCAAUAUUCUCGUUCCGAUUAUGAAUCAAAUGCUAAAACUCCUUGAGGGGCUAAGAUUCCUGAGAAUGCUUCUCAGGCAUCAGCAGAAGUUCAAAGAGCUAUGCCAUGAAAUGAAGAAUCUUAUUGGAGUUGUGGCCUGUGAUGCAGCGGUUGUAAUUUUCUCUCUUUCUGUGAAUCAAAUCGAAGAAGGCUUGGCCAAGGAAACAGAUCUUGCUCUUUUUCAUUUGCUCAAAGUGCUCAAGUUAAUUAGGGCAGAAGUUAAAAAUCCAGUGACAUCAUUCUCGCCAUUUGGUUUUCCCAGGACCAAUGAGUUGGGCUCUAUCGAUUUUCUCCUUGAAAAUCUGAAGGAACUAGAAAGUUGUAAUGAGGCUGAUGAUUCAAUUGCAUUCUCAAAAGAUCAAAUCCACACAGUCCUAGAAGAUUUCGUAUGCUUAAGAUCUUUCCUUGUCAAGAUAGUAAACCAGCGCAACCGGAAUGAAAAACUACAAGCUUUCUGGAGUCAUGUAAUGGAGAUUGCAUAUAAAGCAGAGUUAGUUAUCGACUGGACACUUGUUGGUGAUGGAGGUGAAUAUUUUUUGGAUGAUGUUGCUAGAGAUAUCAAUGUUAUGAAGAUUGAGGCUCAAGAGAUCUAUGAUAGCAUAAGCUACGUUGGUGAAACCAAAAGAGUUACCAACACUUUCACUUGCAUGCCAUCACAAGCUACUGCCGCCACGUACAAUGAAGGUCUGGUGCUUCUCGACAGCGAGGUGGAAACUAUCACUCAAAGACUUACAAAAGGGGCAAGGCAAUUGGAUGUUGUUCCCAUUGUGGGUAUGCCUGGGCUUGGCAAGACCACAUUAGCCAAUAUAAUUUACAGUUCUUCUUCAGUAAUGUUGCAUUUCCAUAUUCGUGCUUGGUGUAUUGUUUCUCAAGUAUAUAGCGAGCACAACUUGUUAGUUCAGAUAUUGGGUAGUAUUGGUUCUGGGAGUCCUGAACAAUAUCAAAAGGUGGAUGAAGUUGAUUUGGCUAUCAAGCUAAAACAAGUAUUGCUGAGAAAUAGGUAUCUCCUAGUUUUGGAUGAUUUGUGGGAUGCUAAGGUAUGGAAUUUGUUGGAGAGAUUAUUGCCCGAUGAUGCCAACGGAAGCAGGAUUCUCAUCACGAGCAGAUUGCAGAAUUUGCCUCUGCAGUUCAAACCUGAUAGCAAGGUCCACCAUCUCCGCCGCCUUACCGAUGAAGAGAGUUGGAAUUUGCUGCAGAAAAAGCUAUUUGGCAAACAAGGUUGUCCUCCAAGACUAAGUGGAGUUACAUCUCAAAUAGCAAAAUCUUUUAGGGGCUUACCUCUCACAGUUGUCCUAGUUGCUGGAAUUCUUGCUAAUACUACAGAAGACUGCUGGGAAGAAGUUGCAAAGAGUCUACCUUCCAGUAUUGUCCUUGAUGAUGAAUACUGCAUAAAGACACUUGAGCUGAGUUACAGUCAUUUACCGGAUGAUUUGAAGCCAUGCCUUCUUUACUUUGGUGCGUUUAAAGAAGACGAAAAUGUUCCUGUCCGAAGGUUGUCAUGGCUUUGGAUCUCUGAGGGAUUCGUACGAAAGACUGAAGGAAAGAGCUAA